GGUGGAACUGGUGUGAUUAGCCCUGCCGCAGUGACUGGAACACAGAGUGGAGUGGUCGCCGGAGAUGCCUGAAGGUCUGUUCUGAGGAGCGGCUAGCAGCGCGAUGGAGCGGGCCAGGGACCGCUUACACCUGAGACGGACCACGGAGCAGCACGUACCAGAGGUGGAAGUACAAGUCAAACGUAGAAGGACAGCCUCACUGAGCAACCAAGAGUGUCAGCUCUACCCAAGGCGAUCUCAGCAGCAGCAAGUACCUGUGUUGGAUUUCCAGGCGGAAUUGAGACAGGCAUUCUUAGCAGAGACACCAAGAGGUGGUUAA